GGUCUCCCCCGGCCUACCUAUACUCCUUUCGCUUUCCCCACUACCAUUGGCGAGGCCAUGUCUCCCUUCUGGGCGGCUCCCUCACUGUUUCUUUAAUCGGCCUGAACUUUCCCUCGCAAGUAAAGUCCUUCCAUGCCGUAGUGACGCCCAGUGCCCUUGAAAAGAAUCAUCUUCUCCUUCAAUUAUCGUCAAUAUGCCGCCACAUCUACACCCCCGGUCGCGGUCGACGUCCUCUCUUUUUGCAGCCACGCUCCUUGCGUCUCUUUUUGUCGUCGGCCUGCCACACCUUUUCCCUUGUCCUGCCCCGCGUCGUACACUCGCCGAUUCGGAGAUGCUUGUCACCGCUGAUGGGCAACAAAUCCCACGAAUUCGAAGGAGGAAGAGGAAGGAUGCUGAAAUGCUUGGAUCAGAAGGGACCGCCCUCGCCCAGACACAGCAAACGCCCGACGAGGUGUCAACAUUCCUGCAAUUGGAGGAGGAGGCUGAACGAUUGGCCAAGGCGGGAAGAGAGUGUCCUGUUCCAAAGCCUGGCGGAGUUCUGGGUGAAUUGCUUGGCUUUUCGAAAGGCGUCAACGAAAACUAGAACCUCGACGCAGAUGUCAACGGUCGAGCUUUCCCAGCCACGAGAUUCAAAAGGAUUUUGUCGUAUGCAAGCGGGUUUUGUGACAUUACGGGAGAUACAUUAUGAAAACGGUCGCUGGAAUAUUGGACCUACUGUUUAGAAUAUCUAUUGGCAUUGGGUCAUGCCACGGAGGCACCAAACUCAAUGCCAGCAAUAUACCCAUGUACAGAUAGUCAUCUGAAGCCAUGAUGCACAAUGGCAUUUUUAUGUCUAUAACUUGACUCAAUCAAUUUCUUAGAAAGCA